UCAUCUUGUGCAGUUUGUGGACUUGUGGUCUACCAAGCUGUUUCAGUGUGGUUCUAAGAUAAUAUAUUUUGCUGGUGUUUAGGAAGUUUUAAUACAAUUUCGCACAAAGAAAUGACAUCCGAAACUUUUAAAAUCAAAGUAGAGACUUCCGAAAGCAUUGAACAGGUUUGCAGACUAUGUUUGGGUGAAAAUCGGCUUCAGAAUAUAUUUAUGAAAAACGAUGUUCAGCAAUGGAUCUACAACUAUCUCUCAAUCACGGUUUCCGAAACGGAUACUAUCAGUCAAUUGAUCUGCACCGACUGCCAAACACGAUUAGAGGAAUUCCAUGCUUUCAAGCAGCGCUGUCUAGAUGCUCAAGAUGUACUGGAAGGAAAGUCAUUCACAGAGAUCCAGCGUAACAAAUUGAAGUGUGAAUUUUGCGCCAAAGUGUUUCCAGUCAAGCAGAAGUUGAUCAAUCAUAGGAAAUCUCACAAAUCUAAGAAAUUCAAGUGCACAAUUUGUGGCAAGGGAUUCCAACAACCCUCACGCGUGGCAAGGCACAUGACGGUUCACAACAAAACUAUCAAAAGUACUAUGGCAGAUAAGCCUAAUGAACCAAAUACGGUACUCGUUCAGUCUAAGCCUGUUGUCAAGUAUGACUCCCUUCAAUGUAAUUCCGAAGUAGAAGCAAGUCCCACAAUCGAUGAUCAGGAAGAUCAAAUUGAUGGGCAGUUUGAGUGCGAUUUUUGUGAUAAAAAAUUUGAACUGAAAAAAAGCCUGAUGGAUCACCGAAGAAAUGUGCACCUGCCAAAACGUCACAAAUGUUCAAUUUGUAGCAAAAGUUUUAUAACAAGAACUCGUCUAGAUCAACACAUCAAUAUUCAUGCGGGAUUCAUACCAAACGGAGACGAAUCGGACGUGAUCGAUCCAAAACAAGCUGAAACAGAUGCAAAUUCGGACCCGGAAAACAAACAAGCAAAGACGGAGAAAGAGCCCUGUUCAGUCUGCAAACGAUUCAUUAAAGCUUCUUCUAUGGACGGUCAUUUGAACAGACACAAAGGUAUUAAGCCCUACCAGUGCGAGAUGGGUUGCCCGGAGAUGAAAUUUCACUGCAAAUUGCAGAGAAAAAGUCACUACCAUGACAUCCACGGAUGGCGGGCUUACGAGUGUACCAUUUGCCACCAAUACUUCCAGACCGGCAGGAGCUGCAGGAGGCAUAAAAUCAAAGCCCAUGGGCAGGGACACAAGUGCACCGUUUGCCACGUGAUAUAUGAGACAGGCGCUGGACUCGAAAAACACAUUGCAAAGACACAACACAACAACCACGCUGAAGAGAGCUCUGAUAAGCAGAUGAAACAGGAGGAAUGUCAGGCGAAAGAACAAUCGAUGGAGACGGAAGACCUAUUUGAGGCAGAAGAUAUCAAAGUUGAGUAUCAAUCGGAUGACGAUGGAGAAAUGCCAUGAAGAACGGAGAAAAUACAGUUUUUUAACGGUUGUGCAAUCAGUAAGCACCGGUAAUAAAAUACAUGUUUUGUACCUAUGAGAAAAUACCUAUCUAAGCCC